CAUAUUGUCUUGUUGGUCAGUUGGUGAGGAGGACCACACCGUAACUUUAGCUGUCGUUAAAACGAUUUAAUUUUCGAUUUUAAGGGUACGUCACUAUUCGUCAAAGCUGGAUUGUGGAUCUCGUGCUCAUUUAAAGGAUGGAUUUAGACGUGUGUGCUGGCGGGGACAGUACCAGAGGGAAAGCUGAUUCGGCUUUUGCAGGUGAAGGAGGCGCUAUGGAGAUCGUGCCUAUGGAGCUCUAUGACUCCGCUAGAGCGAAAAUAGAUGCAAAUCUCCGCUGGCUCUUUGCCAAAGCUUACGGUAUAGACCACAUCCCAGAAGACCUGCGUGACCCCUUCUACACGGACCAGUAUGAGCAGGAGCACAUCAAGCCACCCGUCAUCCGACUGCUGCUGUCCGGGGAGCUGUACUGCCGUGUCUGUGGCCUCAUCCUGAAGGGCGAGCAGGCCUCGGCGCUGCAGUCCCACCUGUCCGUCAUCCAGGCCCUCUCCCGGAAAGGCAUCUACGUCCUGGAGAGCGACAACAACCCAGUCUCCGACGGCGACCUGGACUGUAGCCCCAUCAAGAUGAGUUCCCACAUCCCAUUAAUUGAUGCCCUGAUGAUGGCCUACACAGUGGAGAUGAUCAGCAUAGAGCGGGUGGUAGGCUGCGUCAAACGCUUCUCUACCUUCAGCGCCUCCAAGGAGCUGCCCUUUGACCUGGAGGACGCAAUGAUCUUCUGGAUCAACAAGGUGAAUAUGAAGAUGAAGGAGAUCACAGAGAAAGAGACCAAAAUGAAGCAGCAUCUGCUAGAGUCCCCCAGCCACCAAAAGGUGCGAUACCGUAGAGACCACCUCUCUGGCCGGCAGCUCCAGCACUUCCCCAUGCUGGAUGAACUCAUGAAGGACAUGUGUGACUGCUCCGCCCUGCUGUCAGUGGUGCACUUCUACUGCCCCGAAUUUAUGAGGCUAGAGGAUAUUUGCCUGAAAGUGGUGUCCUCCAUAGCAGACAGCCUGUACAACAUCCAACUUUUGAGGGAGUUUUCUAAUGAGUACCUGAACCGAUGCUUCCACCUGCGCCCAGAAGAUGUGCUGUAUGCUCCCCCAGUGCUGAAGCACAAUGUCAUGGUGUUCAUCGCAGAGUUAUUCUGGUGGUUUGAGAUCCUCAAGCCCGAAUUUGUCCAGCCCCGGGACUUGCAAGAAGUCAAAGACGUGAGGUCACUGCUGCAGCCCAAGAAUUCCCACCCCCAUGUCGCCAUCUCCAACGCUACCAAACGCAGCUUCCUGGCCACACCCGGCUCUCCUGACGUCAUAACAACGUCCCAAAGCCCAGAUAUCUGUAACAGUACCAAAGUCAGUCCUGCGUCUAGCCCCUCACACUCAUUGCUCCCUCUGAGACAGAGGCAACAGAUGUCCAUACAGGAGGAUGACGCCUCAGGGCAGAGAAACAGGUCCAACUCUCUGUCACGUGUGGACGGUCAAGUUCAGGGGUCAAUCCUGGCCUGGCCAGAGACGAGACCGAGACCCCUGUCCCAGCCGGUGCCCUACGCCCUCCACUUCCCCCUGGAGGGAGAGGGCAAUCGCCUGAGCCUGGCCCGCUCCAUCAGCAAGGACAGACUGGGAUCCAACAUCAUCAGCAUCACCCCCAAACACAUGAUUGGGGGGAUGGGGGUGGGUGUCCAACUGGUUCCCCGCAGGCUCAACGGCCAGGACAUGAUGGGACACAUCCGCUUCAAGGAGGAGGAGGAGGAAGGGCUGGUGACCAUCUUCAACCCGGCGGGUCUGGCCAGGUGCUACGGCCCCCGUGCCACCCCCGAGAGUGAUGACAUGGAGCAGGACGACCUGGAGGUCCAGAGUGUGGUGACCUCCAGAGUGUCCAGCGCUCUGCACGCCUCCUGCCUCGCUGUCCCUCACCCCGACCCCCAGGCUGAGAGUUUCUACCUGGAGCCCCUGAUGCCAGCCAUUUUUAAGCCCGCCAAAGAGAAGAGCGUCAGCCUGAACAAGGAGGAGGAAAGCGGGGAGAGUAGAAGCAAAGCGGGCCUUAAGAGAACCACUGAGGGUCUUAACUGCACGUUCACCCCCAUCCCCAAUGCGGAGCCCACCUCAGGUCCCCUUACACCACCCACGAAGGGGAGUACGGGUUCUUCUCAGCCCGCUCUGAUGGGGGCAGCAGAGCCCGCCACCAGGGAGCAGUCCUGUGGCUUUUUCCUCCACCUGUCACCGGAGCCCGGGGACCAGACGACGCACCUCUUGGGGCUGGCACCGCGCCACAGCCCCUUCCCCACCGGCAUUACUACAGCUUGGGUUGGCCGGGACACAUACUCUGAGAUUGCCAACCUGGAGGAGGAGGAGGAGGAUCAGAUGGAGCUUGCCAAGGAAGUGCUGAGGAGGGUCAGGGGGAAGUGCCUGGGAGAGGGAGGGGAGGGCAAAGGGGAACCGAAGGGGGGUGAGGGCGAGUCGGCCAAGCUCCGGGAGGACAUGAAGGUGUGCGAGCACGAGGAUAAGGAAGACCUGGAGGCAUGGAGCGGCCCGUCCAGCCCUUGCCUUAGCACGGCGUCCUGGGCCAGCUGCGUGUGCAGCAGCGGCAGCGUGCGGAUGACCAGCUUUGCAGAGCGCAAGCUCCACCGAAAGGUCAGCAGCUUUCCCGACAGCUGCUCCAAUAACAGCAGCUCCCAGAAGACCACGCCCGACGGCUCAGAGAGCGCCCCCUACACCCUAGGAGGCUUGUGGUGCCUGCAGGCUCCUAGCCCAUGUCGGCUGGCUAAAGACGCCGCUUUGCGGGUGGGGAAGGAGGGCGGCACCACCAAUGUCCUGGCCUCAGAGCUGGUGCAGCUCCACAUGCAGCUGGAGGAGCAGCGGCGCGCCAUAGAGCACCAGAAGAAGAAGAUGGAGACCAUAUCGGCGCGCCAGCGCCUCAAGCUGGGCAAGGCUGCCUUCCUCAACAUUGUCAAGAAGGGGGGUGGCAAGAGCGACACGCUGCCCCAGCCCCUCAAACACCUGGAGACCCAAUAUAAGACGGCCAGCAAGGACUGCAGGGACGACUCGUGUUUGGAUGUCCUGAGGGGUCAGGGGAAGGAUGGACAGCAGCAGAGGGACAGGGACAACAAAACAAACCGUGGUGGUGCAGGGCCACUGGACGAGGCGGGGGCCGAGCCAGACCUGAGCGAGUGUAGCCGCUCCAUAGAGUUGCUGAAUGAAGCCAUCGGCGCCAUUCAGCAACAGAUGAUGCAGCUGUCUCUACAGCAGGACCGUCUGAUGAAGCAGAGCGUCCAGUCACCCCUAGGGGUCCCGCCUGCCGCCUCCCUUCUAUUCCUACCCUCUGCCCCUGCAUCUGCCCCUACACCCACCCAAGACACCUCUUCAACCCCUUCCUCAGCCUCCUCCGCUACCUCCACCGCUGACACAGACUCCAAAUUCCACCCGGCCGUGCAUUUCGUGGAGACCAUCACCACCGCUCUGCCCACCCGCCGCCCUCCCAAACUAAGCUCCGGCUGCAGCCGCAGCCGCAGCACCAGGACCAAACCCUCCGAACUCAAACUGACCAAGGAGAAUGGCAGGCCGGCCUCCAAGACCGGCACCCCCGCAUCCAACACAGACCCUAAACGCGCCCCAGGGUGGCACACCACCUCCCGAGGGGAGCAGGAUAGGGACUGGAGUCAGAACAGCAGCCCCACCUGCGUGAUAUUCGCAGAGAGCCCCAGGGCCUUGGAGAGAGGCACGCUCCGUAGCACCACCUUCAAGAUCAGAGAUGAGGCCAACCAGCGCAGCCACAGAGACUGGCCCACCCUUACCCCUAAGCAUCCCCCCCCUGAGGAUUCAACCCCCUAUGGCACCCCUCUCACACCCCACUGUGUGGACGUGGCUGAGGGGCUGGAGGGGCGGGAGCGUAGCGGCUCGGGGAAGGAGAAUGAGCCCGGCGAGGAGGUAGGUCGAGGGAAGGGCCAGCUGAUCGAGGUAGACCUGUCCGACCUGAAGGAACCAUCGGAGGAAGGAGGCUCUGAUAUAGGGGACACCUCGGCAGACGGAGAACAGAAGUCGGGACUGGGUUUCUUCUUCAAGGACGAUGAGAUGAUGGCAGAGGAUGAGAUGGCAAAGCGUCGCGCUCACUUUCUCCUCAAACAGCAGCGGAAGAUGGAGGAGGCACGGCUCCGCAAACUGCAGACGGAGGCUGAGAGCGAACAGAAACGAGACGAAGCCAGGCGUAAGGCAGAAGAGGACCGGGUGAGGAAGGAGGAGGAGAAGGUGCGGAGGGAGCUGAUCAAGCAGGAGUACCUGAGGAGGAAGCAGCAGGAGCUGAUAGAGGAGCAGGGUUUGGUUAAGCCCAGGCCCAGGAGUGAAGCCAGGAAGGCCCGGCCUAAGUCCCUGCAUCGUGGAGAGUCCAGCUCCGACACUGGCUUCUCCAAAGGAUCCUCCACACGUUAUUCUCUGAGAGCGUCCAUGUUGAUGAGAGCCCAGGGUUCAGCAGCAGGCAGUAGGGGAGCGGACAUUCUCAGCUGUUUCCAGUCAGGCUCCACUCUCUCCUUGGCCACCGAGACAGAGAGUGUCACUUCUGGAGGGGCCGAGCCACAGAGGGGUGGGUGUUCCAGGGGUGGGUCGGUGGAGUCGUUCCCUCUGCUAAGCAGGAACUCCAUUAGGAACAUGGAGAGAGACUGGGAGAACGGCUCUACAGCCUCCUCCAUCACAUCUACAGCAGAGUACAAUGGUCCCAAGCUGUUUAAGGAGUGUGUUUCCAAGUCCAACAAGCCUAUAAUCCACAAUGCCAUCACCCACUGCUGCCUGGCUGGCAAGGUCAACGAAGCCCAGAAAAACACCAUCCUAGAGGAGCUGGAGAGGUGUGAGGCCAACCACCUGAUGAUUCUGUUCAGGGACGGGGGCUGCCAGUUCCGAGCCAUCUACUCCUUCUCCCCCGACACAGAGGAGAUCGUCAAGUUCACCGGCACGGGGCCGCGCAGCAUCAGCCGCAAGAUGAUCGACAAGCUCUACAAGUACAGCUCCGACCGCAAGCAGUUCAACUGCAUCCCCGCCAAGACCGUGUCAGUCAGCGUGGAUGCCCUGACCAUACACAACCACCUGUGGCAGAUCAAGAGGCCCAGCGGAUCUUCUAGGAAGAAGUGAGGAAGGGAAGAAGAGGAGGAAGAGAAGGCACACCAUAGGCAGUCAUUCUACGAUUGGGCAGGACCCAGUAGUCUCAGAUAUGACUGGCAUUUGACCCUUCUGUGGUUUUGGCCUUUUGAUGAAGGGGGAUUGGUCUAUUGCUGUGUGGGUGUAGCCUUUGGAUUGGUGUAAAUGGCGGUCUCCAUGGAGAUGGACGUGAGAAUUGUAAUGAAAACCUUCCAACAAUCUGAAUGAAAUCUUUUAAGGAUUAGGAAUGUUUUUGUUUUUUCUCAAGGCAGUUUUCUGCAUGUGGCACUUUUAUGUUUGAAGUAUUGGGUUUUAUACUAACUGAGGAAUAGCCUAUAGUUUAGCACUAAACACACUUAUAUACAGUACUUUACCCUUAUGUAGUGGAUCGAAAAGACAAAACUACAAAGUAAUACUGAAAAUACAGACUACUGAAAUGAGUGCAAAUAGAGGCAGUACGGAAAGUACAGACGCUACAGACUUAUAAUAAUAGAAACCACAGCCAUUGUUGAAAUCGUUUGAAAGUGUUUGUUCUAGUCGUGCAAAAUGCUGCUGCCUUCAAAAGGCUAUUUAUUAAAAAGGCUAUUUAUUCAAUAAUACCAUUAUGGGCUAUUAUUUAAGUUAUUUUACCACAAGUAAGCUUUUAACCAACCAUUUUUUAGGUAUGAAAAUGAUGAGAAAGACUGGUACGGUGAAGUCUUGUUUUUGUGUGUGUUUUUGCAGAUGUGUGUGUUUGUUUGUGGGGCGGGGGGGUUGGGAAUGCGUGGCUGUGUGUCUCUCUCUGAAUGUGUUUACUUGUUGAAUUAUGCUUUAAAAAGGUUUAUCAUGCAAUGGAACAAGCUCCACCACAGUUUAUUUUAGUUAGAAGCUGAAUGCUCUUGUCCCAGGAGAAGGGAGGCACAUAAUUUCCUCAGUGUUAUUGUUAGUGGGGAGGUGGUGAUUAGUAUUUACUCGGUUCCAAACGAGCACGCUUUGGGUUUCAGUGCAUUGCACUCUAUCUACAAUAUGUUACAGUAGAAUACUGGCCCACAAUCAAUGGUACUUAUGAAGAUCCAAAUGCAAAAUCACUCUUACCACCAGAGAGACACCAAGGUCUUCUGCUGCUUUUCACUAAAACACUGGAACCUGAUCUGAAGUAACUGACUAGGUUUAGGAUUUUUCCUGGCGAUGUGAUCUGACCAGGACAAAAAAAAACUCUUGGCUCUACUCGCAGCCUAUAACACGAGCCAGGAGUUUUCCCUAGUGAUGUGGUCGGGGAAAAGUCCUGGCCCCAUUCUUGACCUAAACCUGCUGCCUGUGAGCACUAAGAGCAGCUCUACCAUGACUGACUCUGCCUCAAGCUCGUUCAAGUCAAGGGAAACUGCACAAUACUUGAUAUUAUUUGCUGCAUUUUGUACAUUUAUGAGUAGUGGUUUUGUAUAUACUGUACCACCUUAUGUUUACUAAAAGUCGGCGCUAUUGAAUUUUUCGUUACAGGCUUUAAAGAUUGUAUUUGUUUCUUUAAUAUAUUCUACUAUAUAUUUAUUUUGAAAAACACUAGUGUAAUAAAUAAUACUGGUCAACUAACAAUGGUUCCUUUGCUUUGUUGCCCAUGAUUUCAUUUAAUUCAUGAAUAUUUAUUUGUAUUGUUUAAGAUAGUUUUUUCAGCUGUUGAUCAUAAUGGAUUGCAUUGCUUCUAAACUAGAUUAAGAUCAUGCCAUUAUCUCAUCAUGGGGGAUGGAGUGCAAGCAGAGCAUUGGAAAAGUCACAUACAAAUAGCACUACAGUCUGAAGUGUAGCCUAUGAUUUAAACAUGCUUUCAGCUUUUUAUUUGGAAAACUAAUCCGUGGGCCAGCCAGGUGGACACUAUCUUUAUUUUAUGAGAUGUCUUUAUAAACAUACCAUAUUUUUGGAGAACUAAAUACAGUCCUGCUUAUUCAAGUCCGACUUCUUUCUGAAUGAGUUGUGUAGCACAUCUAGUCUGCGCCUUUUAUACCUGUUCACAUGCUGAGCGCAAGCAACGUCAGAGAAUCUCUUCGUCCCGUGCAUUAAAAAAAUAACUACAGUCGAUGUCCGUGCCCCCGCUGAAAUCUAAUUGGCAUAAUAAUACAAAAGCAUACAAAUCUGUCAGUUUAAGCUAGAUAUAUGUUUUUUUGCAUUGGAUACAUCUCAAUCCACCGCAUCUGCCGAUGUCACACUUCUGCAUCUGCGGGGAAAGGUGACGGAGCUAGAGCAGUGUUUGUCAGACCAUGAGACAUCCCAAAAAACGGUCUUCUCACAAAAUCGUCUGUAGCAUCUGAACGGUUUGGCUCUAAGACCCACACAAGCGUCUUGGGACUCGUCUGAAGUUGGUACAGACGAUCUGCCAACUUUUGUCUGUAGCGUCCGAACAGUUUGGGCUACACAAGACUCGUCUGUAGGUCCCCUGGUACCAGUUGAAAAAAUUAAUGGAAGUAUAUAUGGAGACUGUUUAGUGCUAAAAAUAAGUUUUUUUUUAAAUGUAUGUAUUUCCUGAUCGUUCUUCUUGUGACCCGUUUCAAGAAGCUAGACGUAUGUCGCACAUCACUACUUCACAGGAGAGGCAUUUUAAUUAUACUUAAUUAUACUUAUACGAUCAUCUCCUUUGUUUUGUUGACGUUGAGCGAGAGGUUAUUUUCCUGGCACCCCACUCCCAGAGCCCUCACCUCCUUCCUUACUAUGUAAUUACACUGUAAUAAGGGUUUAGCGGUAUAGGUUAUUACACAAGUGGAACAAGGACAUGCAAUUACAUAUCUGCUUGUCGGAGGUUAUUCCACAUGUACUUACUCAUGAUUUAUGUAUAUGUAAUUACAAGAUGUCUUGUUCCAAAUGUAACUAACAUUCUGUAAUUACACUUUUGCAGUCUCCAUGUUAACAAUGCAUCCUAAUAUAUAACCUUGUUAUAUGUAACUAUAUAAGUCACUACCACCAAAAUAAGCUAGGCUAGGACUCCAUCAGCUGUUGUAACAAUGCACAUCCUAUCAUUAACUACAGUUUCAGUUAUCUUAUUUCCAUAUUAUUUGGCUUAAAGGAUGUACUGAAUUAAAUGUAAGAGCAAUGUUUUUACAAUGGAUAUGCAUUGUACCUACCCAGGAGCAAGCAACUUAAUGUAAAGUGAAACACAUAAUGGUAUAGCUUUUGUAAAUACUAUGUAUCUGGCUUCAAAGGUGUAAUGUAAGUCAAAUAUUGUUCAAAAUAAUAUAAUGUAUAAUGUUAAUGGACUCAUGAGCAAGCAGCUUCAAGUAAAGUAAAACACAGUAGGGUAAACCUUUUUAUUACAAUAGUUGGGAAAAUACACUUCAAUGUAGAAUGUUGUUACAGCACCUGUAAGUGUAAUUACAAUGUACUUUCAAUGCAAUUACAUGUUUCACAGGAUAUAUCAAAAUGUCAGUUAUUACAAUGUUAUAAAGAAAAGUAUCAUAACUACAAUGUUUCUACACAGGAACAAGCAACUUAAUGUAAAGUGAAAAAUCAUGAAUUACUAAUGUAAUUACUAUGUAGUUAUUAUGUUACAACGAUGGCACACAAUACAGUACCUGUAGUUGUGAUCAAUGGGAAUCCAUCUCAAUCUUGGAAAAAAAGUUGUUACAGCAUCUUUAAGUUUAAUUACUUUUUGCUUUCAAUAUUAAAUAUUUUGCAGGGUAUAUAAAAAUGUCAGUUAUUACAAUGUUGUUAAAAAGACAAGUAUUGCAAUUAAUGUUUCUACACAGGAACAAGCAACUUAAUGUCAAGUGAAAUACAUUGUGAAUUACUCAUGUAAUGACUAUGUAGUUAUUACUAUGUUACAACAAUGGCACACACCCAUCACAGUACUUGUAGUUGUGAUCAAUGGGAAUCCAUCUCAAUCAAGGAAAAAUUGUUACAGUGAUCUUAAAGUGUAAUUACUAUCUACUUUCAAUAUUAUAAAAUAUUUCGCAGGGUAUAUAAAAAUGUCAGUUAUUACCAUGUUAUAAAGACUUAUUGUAAAUACAAUGUUUCUACGCAGGAACAAGCAACUUAAUGUAAAGAGAAACGUACUGUGAAUUACUCAUACAAUGACUAUGUAGUUACUAAGAUACAACGAUGGCAGCCUUUAGUUAGUGGUUGACAUGUAGAGUUGAAGUCGGAAGUUUACAUACACCUUAGCCAAAUACAUUUAAACUCAGUU